AUGUAAGACUAAUUAUUCCCACAAAUAAAUAUUUGGAUUUCUAAAUAUUGUAAUUUAGAAUGUGAAAAUUACUACAAGGAUUAACUGCUUCUUCGAAUAGCUUAGGGUAUUUAUUAAACUAUUUAUUUUAAACUAAUUCAUACGCCAAAAUUGUUAAAGCUUAAAAAUAGCCAUCUAAAGAAUAGGUUUAAAGUUACAAUUCCUUCUCUUAAAAAAUUGAAUUAUAAGGGAAGAAAAAGUUAUACAACACUAAUGAAAGAAACAACAAUAAGUCUUUGAAAUAUCUAUUUGAUGAUGAAGCCCAUUUUAAGUUUAAAACGUAUAGAAUACUACACAAUAAUAACACAGCUAGUAAAAGCCAAUCGGCCCUCAUUAUUUUUAAUGAAAUUUGAAAAACAAUCAAAGGCAAUAUAAUCCAUUUCUAAGUUUUUUGAUA